AUGUUGACCGUGCACGAGGCGGCGACAGGAGGCGGAUGCAGUUCACGUGUUCAUGUGUCCUCGGUGAUGCACUCGGAGGCUGUAACGUGGUACAUUCAAAACCUGAACAACUUUGGUGGACUUCCGUUUUCAAUCGGCAUUGAUAUUCACGAGACGUGCGAAGAUUCGAUGUCAGCGACGCAGACGGCGGUUUUUCUAAUGAACGGCGUACAUUCCGGAAAUGAGACGUCACCACUUAUAGGUGUAUUGGGCCCUGAAAGCAGAACGGAUGCAGCGGCCGUCGCUCCUGUCCUCGGGUCUGUCUCACCGGAAGUAAGGCUUCUGCAACUGCAGUUCUCCACCCCAGCUUCCGGUGGCAACGACUACAGGAAGUUCCAGAAUGUGGCCAGUCUAGUUCCAGACGAUGAUCUUCAGAUUGAGGUGAUGGUUGCAACAAUGGAACAGCUAGGUUGGAACCGGAUCGCAGUGCUAUACCAGGAUGACGCGGGCGUCCGGCAUUUCUGGGAACGGCUACAGAAGUUGACCAGCGACCGAGGCAUCUGCGUCUCCCGAACAUCGGCUAUCACCGUCACAAACGGCAUCAGCUCAAGUCAGAUCACAUCGGCGUUGGAACAAGUGAUCGAGGAUGAGAUCCGGUCUCGUUUACUUCGGAGACGCUUCUGUCGCUGUUAA